UUUUAAUGAAUUUAUUUUUAAGACAUUAGACGUGCCAAUCUGCAUAUCUAUAUAUAUAAAUAAAGCUUAUUCACUAAGUUGUCAGAACGGCUUAUUACUGAAGUGCAUAAUCGAACUGGGAUGUUAAAAGACAUAAAGCAUAAGACAUUAAUGCUUGGUACUAAUAUGGUGUGUGUAACUGGUUUUCUACUGAUAUUGAUGAAUACACAAGCAAACCAGAGAUGCAGUGAAUUUAUAAAAGACAGAACACAAUUGACAUUGACAAAACGAACCAUCAACAUAUCCAAUGCCAAACGACCGGCUUAUACACGUAAAAUCUUUAUGAAAACGUCAUACCCGAUAGUAAUAUCACAACCGUACAAGAUAAACAAUGAAGGCAUUUGUCGACGUGUUCCAAAGAUAACAUGUAUUGUGAUGGUUCAUACAUCUCUCAACCAUUUUGAAAGAAGGCGCAAUAUGCGGGAAACGUUUAACUCAACUUAUUACAGUCCAAAUAUUAUCCGUGUCGUUUUCUUAAUGGGACUGACAAAUAAUUCAACACUGCAGACUAUGAUUGAAUACGAAAGCUUAGUAAAUAAAGAUAUUGUUCAGGGAUAUUUUAUGGACACCUACCAUAAUUUGACAAAUAAAGGAGUCAUGGGUCUAAAAUGGAUUACAGAUCAUUGCAGAAACGCCGAGUUUGUAGCAAAAAUAGACGAUGACGUUUUUAUGAAUUUUCAUAGAAUAUUUGAAAGUUUAAAAUUUAUCAAAGAAAGGCGAAAGUACAUGGUUUGUAAUAGAAUCAACGCAAAUUCAAAUUUCAUACAACGUGGAAUAAACGAUAAGUGGUAUGUACACAGAGAUGAUUUCAAAGGAUUUAAAUUUUAUCCAUACACGUCAUGUAGUGGAUUGGCCGUGUUCAUUUCAAUCGACUUAGUUCCCUUGUUAUACAAAGCGGCAUUAAUAUCGCCAUUUUUCUGGGUGGAUGACUUUUAUCUUUUUGGUAUUUUACCUGCAAAGAUUCACGGAGUUAUUCACUAUGGAAUAAAUUCACAUGUUUCCCUCAAUCAUCGAAGAACAUUUAACUGUUUCUCAAAGUAUAAAGAUAAAUGUGAGCUAUUUGCGGGUAUUACAGAUCCAGAUAAAAAUCGUGAAAUUCAAAUUUUGAAUGAGAUUGGAAAGUAGUUAUUUAAAACAAACAAUUUUAUUAUAAAUUAUAAAUGCUAAUAUGGCUUUAGUUUAUGACAUAUGGUCUGUAUCUGCCAAUUGGUACGCAUGCUGCAAUGUUGUUGUUGUACUAUGUCUAAUGGAUUUGUCGGCAUUUGGUUUCCCUGAUUAUAUUUGUCAAGUUUUGCAUACUGUGAAGAAGUAAUGUAUUAUUAUAUUGUUGA